UAAAUUCUAAAUUCUUGAUGUUUCCUACCAGUCAGUUGUGAGGCUACUGUUGUCCAGAAAAGCAGAAAGACUCGCGCAGUCCAGCCAGGAGACGUCAAGUUGUCGUGGAAAUUAGAUAACACUCGGAGACUCGUCCUCUGAAGCUGGCUACAAAUCUUUUUUGCUGGUAUGGAAAAUGAUGAAACAACGUUUGUCACCUCGAUCAACCCCAACCAGUUCCCUGGCAAGUUGUGGCGUUUGGUGAACGAUCCUCAGAUUCGCUCAAUCUGGUGGGACGCCAGCGGGGAAGGAAUACUUGUCAAUCAGCUACCCUUCGAAGCUGAAGUGCUUCAAGUACCCAGGCAGGUGACCGAGUACUUCAGAACGACGGACUUCAUCAGUUUCGUUCGCCAGCUGAACCUAUACGGCUUCAGAAAAGAACGCAUAGACUUUGACGUCUCAGACAAUCAACCCAACAGCUCAUCCACUGACGCCCAACUGCACCACUUUCACAACCCGUACUUCAAACGGGAUAAGCCCGAGCUUCUAGUCAAACUAAAGCGACUCACGCCUCUCAACAAGGCCAAGCUCGCCGGGAGAGAGGUGCCCAGGAGGAAAUCAAAACGUAUCCAUCAUGCGAUGCUGAAUUCGCCGCAGGAAACCUCAGCCUUAAUGAACACAGGUUCAGUCUCGCUUGGACAUCAGGGAACCCCUUACCACCAUCCCUGUAAUGGCCCUCAGCAGGAGAAGGACUGCGACAGAACGUCCAAAUCCUCCCAAGUAUUUGUAGUGGGCCAUGGUGAUCCUUCUCCAGUUACUUUAAAUACUAACAACGUUGUGCCGGUCCCUGUGUCCCACCACUUCCCAGUGGACUCGCCGAGUGCACCUCCCUCCAGCGUCAUGCACAUGCAGCAAGGCGUCAUGCCUCAUCACUCACAGUACGGGUUUUACACGCCAGGAUGGAGCCCGGUCCAUUGUUUCACAGUUUCAGUGUGUGUCUGUCUGUCUGUCUGUCUAUUGUCCCAAAUAUCCAUCUUUAAUAGAUAAAAAUUAAGAUAACCGAUAGUCAAUAUAAUUCUAUGUUUUGAUAUUAAACCUUCAGUGCAUAAUUCAGAUAUUCAGAGUCUUCUAACGAGUCAUUCGAACACCUGUUAUAUGUUUAAUGCCUGAACAACAUAGUUCUAAAGUUAGAAUAGAAAAUAAAUGCUGUAAUAAAUAAAUAAAUAAAUAAAUAAAAAGCACACAACAUGCGCAUGCCGGAUUUAAAUAUCUAUUAACAGCUAAUAAUAUCUAUCUAGCAACUAAUAUUUUACUGGAAUGUGUCCCCUUUCACCAGCUCAAACUUCUCAGCAUAAAAUUAAAAAGGGCUGUGGGAGUGUACAGGAGCGGGGUGUCAACACCUUUACAGUCCAUUUUCAGAACAUGAUUGUCCUUCAUGUCAUUCGUCUGUAACUAGAAGCAGGAAGUCCCACAAUGCCUUGCAUGAACUCAGUUUUCACAUUAAUUGAGUGAUUAUUACCCCGUGGUGCUUGGCAGUGUGGUGGGCUUUAAAAAAACAAACAUAUUCUGUUGUUUAUGCAGCAGAUGCAGACACAGCUUAAUGCAUUGUUGUUGUUUUAGUAUGG